UGUCAUGCAUGCCGUCCAUUUACUGCGAUCGUCAUUCCUGGGCUUGUUUUAACAUCACCUAGCGACAACUUUGCAGAUUGUAUCCAGUUGGAGGUUCAUACUUGAACUGGGUGGAGUGGAAUAGGGGCUUUUUAAGGAUGUCCCGACAACAACUGGCUGUGCAGCGGGCCAGGAAGUCCUUCCAGACGGGGAAAACCAAACCUCUGGAGAGCAGGAUCCACCAGCUGAGGAACCUGCUGCGCUUCGUUACAGAGAGACGGAAGGACAUAGCAGAGGCUGUCAAGAAGGACCUCAGCAAGAGUGAACACGGGACGGAGCUAUUUGAGACACUGGGAGUGGAGGGUGAGAUCAAGCUCGCUAUCGAGAAGCUAGCAGAGUGGGCAGCUCCUCGGCCAGUGGAGAAGAGCCUCCUCACUAUAUCGGAUGAGGUCUUCGUGCAUCCCGAGCCCCUUGGAGUGGUCCUCAUCAUUGGUGCUUGGAACUAUCCCUGGGCUGUCACCCUGCAGCCGCUGGUCGGAGCUAUUGCUGCCGGUAAUGCAGCAGUAAUAAAACCAUCUGAGGUCUGCUGUCACUCUGCUAAGGUCAUGGAGGAGCUCCUCCCUCAGUAUCUAGACAAGGACCUGUACCCAGUAGUGACCGGUGGAGUGCCAGAAACCCAGGAGCUGCUCAGGCAGAGAUUUGAUCACAUUUUCUACACGGGCAGCAGCGCAGUAGGCAAACUGGUGAUGGAAGCUGCAGCUCGCAACCUCACCCCAGUCACCCUGGAGCUGGGAGGGAAGAGCCCCUGCUACAUCGACAAGAACUGUGACAUCACUGUUGCGUGCCGUCGCAUCACGUGGGGAAAGUUUGUCAACUGUGGACAGACGUGUAUCGCUCCGGACUACGUCCUGUGUGACCCUUCCAUCCAGAACAGAGUACAGGAGGAGAUCAAGAACUGCAUCAAGGAGUUUUACACAGAUGAUCCAAAGACUUUUGAGGACUACGGACGGAUCAUCAACAAGCGGCAUUUUAAGAGAAUCAUGGCUCUCAUGGAGGGCAGCACAGUUGUUGUUGGUGGAGACUCUGAUGAAUCCCAGUGCUAUAUAGCUCCCACUGUGCUGAAGAACGUUACAGGCGAAUCCAAAGUGAUGAAGGAGGAGAUCUUCGGGCCACUGCUGCCCAUCAUCACAGUGAGCGGUGUGGAUGAGGCCAUCCAAUUUAUUAAUGAGAGAGAGAAGCCGCUGGUUAUCUAUGUCUUCUCCAAUGACAACAAGCUGAUCAAAAGAGUAAUAGCUGAGACAUCCAGUGGAGCUCUGCUGGCUAAUGACUGUCUGGUUCACUUUACUGUCAGCUCUCUGCCCUUUGGAGGAGUUGGUAACAGUGGUAUGGGCUGCUAUCACGGUCGCUACGGCUUUGACCAGCUCAGCCACAUGCGCAGCUGCCUAAUCAAACAGCUGAAGAUGGAAGGAGUGAACAGCAUGCGUUACCCCCCACACACUGCCAAGAAACUGGGCUGGGCUCGGUUCUUUCUGCUCAAGCAGAUCAAUUUGGGCAGGCUGCGUCGCAUGAUGCUGCUGGCUAUGUUUGUGGGCGUGGCAUCGUUUGUGGUGCAGAGGUUCCUGCGAUGAAGCUCAGCAGGUAGACGGCGCUGUGACCCGGUGCUGAGGCGAUCCCGGGACAGCCUCAUGGAUUAAUCGCCUGUAGCAGAACACAGCACUGCAGAUGUUUUAUGCUCUGUGUUAUUUCACUGAUAUUUGUUUUUCUUCUGUUAUUGUUGCAUCUCCUGUUACACGUUUAGCUACACUUUGAGUUGAAUUUUUUUACCUCAACAUCAUUUAAUUCUUUCUUUUCUGAGUUUAUAUAAACAUUCACUCUGAUUCUGCUGGUAGAUAUUGAAAUAACAAACCUGUCUGUGAUGCUGUGACUCUUUUAAGAAUAAAAUCAAAAUCACUGUUAACUCCUGCUAAAGUGAUAAGCCAGCAGGAUGCCAGUUCUCCGUGUUAAUGUCUGUUCUGUCUGCUGUUGAACAUCAAUAAAAAGUUAAUAGUCAGGCA